AUGGUUGUGCAAAGUAGUUGCCCGAUUGCUUUGACGCCACAUGAAAUUGAGCAGGCAUCUGCUAAAGACCCUGAAUUGCAAAUUGUGAGAGAUUGCAUUAAAUCACAGAAUUGGUCAAAGUGUGGUAAUUCAUUUUUGCAUGUGAAGAAUGAACUUUGUAUUCAUGGUCAAUUAAUUUUACGUGGUACGAGAAUUGUAAUUCCACAGAUACUCAGAAAACGUGUUCUAGAGCUUGCACAUGAAGGACACCAAGGAAUUGUGAAGACGAAAAAUCGACUUCGAAGUAAAGUGUGGUGGCCAAACAUUGAUCGUGAUGCUGAACGAAAAUGUAAAGUAUGUCAUGGAUGUCAGGUAACAAGUUCGUAUAGUCCGCCUGAACGAAUGACGCGAACACGACCACCCAGUGGACCUUGGAUAGAUUGUUGUGCCGAUGUUUUAGGACCUUUGCCUUCUGGUGAUAACAUACUGGUAAUUGUAGAUUACUACAGUCGUUUUUAUGAAAUUGUAAUUGUGCGGUCGACAACAAGUAAGAAAAUAAUUGAAGCGUUGAGCACCAUAUUUUCACGUUACGGAAUUCCACUUACGUUAAGAACUGACAAUGCACCACAGCUUGUAUCUAAUGAAUUCAAAUCAUUUUUAGACGAACAUGGAGUUCAACAUAAAUCUACUACUCCAUUGUGGCCACAAGCGAACGGCGAGGUGGAGAGACAAAACCGAAGUUUAAUGAAAGCCAUACGAAUAGCCCAAGUAGAAGGUAAAGAUUGGAAAUCUGAAUUAAACAAAUUUCUACUUGCAUACAGGUCUACACCGCAUACAACGACAGGAGUAUCGCCAUAUUAUUUGAUGUUUGGUCGAGAGAUGAGAACAAAGCUUCCAGAAAUCAGACCAAAAUACAACAUAAUCGGCGAAGAACACAGAGACAGAGACUGGAGAAACAAGCUACAAGGGAAAUUUUACUCAGAUUACAACAGAAGAUCAAUUUUACAAUAUGUUGAGGUCGGAGAUUCGGUGCUCGUUAAGCAAGAGAAAGUUGACAAGAUGUCGACAAACUUCAAUAAAUAUCCGUGUGAAAUCGUCAAGAAGGAAGGAGGGGAAGUCACAGUCAGAGAUGAAAAGGGAAAAGAAUUUCGUCGCAAUUCAACAUUUGUAAAGAAAUACGAAGAAGGCACCCAGAAUAAAAUUGACAAUAAUGCCAAAGAGUCGCAAAUUGCUCCAGACGCGACCAGGCCAAGUUCGGAGGAAUCAAUUACUCAGCCUUAUGAGCGUCCAAGGCGAGAACGAAAACUGCCUUCCAGAUUUCAAGACUUUGUAAUGAAAUAA